AUGGCUGAAAGCGACAAGUACGAGGUGCUGGAGAAGAUCGGCCAUGGCUCGUUCGGCGUCAUCCGAAAGGUGCGGCGGAAGGCAGAUGGCAUGAUUCUUUGCCGAAAGGAAAUUAGCUAUCUGAAGAUGUCGCAAAAGGAGCGCGAACAACUCCAUGCCGAGUUUCAGAUCCUGUCGACCCUGAAGCAUCCAAACAUUGUCGGCUAUUACCACAGAGAGCAUCUGAAGGAAACACAGGACCUGCACUUGUACAUGGAGUAUUGCGGCAACGGGGAUCUCGGUCGUGUUAUUCGCGACUUGGCAGCCAAGAAUCAGUAUGCCGAGGAGUCAUUUGUCUGGAGCGUUUUCGCUCAGCUUGUGACGGCCCUCUAUCGCUGCCACUACGGCGUCGACCCUCCCGAAGUCGGUAAGACCGUGCUCGGCCUGGGCAAAACCGCCAGGCCAAAACUUCCGACAGGCGGUAUGACAAUCUUACAUCGAGACCUUAAACCAGAGAAUGUGUUUCUCGGCGAGGACAACUCGGUCAAACUCGGCGACUUUGGACUUUCCAAAGUCAUGCAAUCCCAUGAUUUCGCAUCGACAUAUGUCGGCACACCCUUUUACAUGUCGCCCGAGAUCUGUGCCGCCGAGAAAUACACCCUCAAGUCCGAUAUCUGGUCGCUGGGCUGCAUUAUCUACGAGCUCUGCACGAGGGAGCCUCCCUUCAAUGCCAAGACUCACUAUCAGUUGGUCCAAAAGAUCAAGGAGGGCAAGAUUGCACCUCUGCCGGCAGUCUACUCGGCCGAGCUUUUCACCAUUAUCAAGGACUGUUUACGCGUCAACCCAGACAGAAGACCCGACACGGCUGCUUUGCUGAACCUGCCUCUGGUACGGCUGAUGCGAAAGGAGAAGGAGGUUGUCGACUUUAGCAAAACACUGAAGGCCAAGGAAGAAUCCUUGAACAGGCGGAUCCGAGAACUCGACAACGAGCGAAUCACGAUGCGGCAGGAGAUUGACGCCGCCCUCCGAAGAGAGUGGGAAGUGAAGGCCCGGCUUGAAAUCGACCGCUUGGUUGCCCUCGAGAUCGAGCAGCUCCAGAGGAAGUUUGAGCAAGAGGUACAAGCCCGGGUGGAGAUGGAGCUACAGGCGCACAGAAAGGCGCUGGCGCUUCGAGAGAAUGACCGGCACGACCUCUCCUCAUCCUCAUCGCUUUCCAAGUCCGAGUACCCGCAGUCCUCAAUUGGCUGCGCAAGCCCCGACGGCGAAUUUCCUUCAACCACAGACAUCUCGGAAUUUUCGGUCGAGUCUCCGGAUACCUCGAUGCACCCUUUUAAGAAAAGCACCCGAACUCCUUUCGCACGCGCGCAGACCAUGUUCGCCAUGGCCCCUGGAACGCCCAUGGAUAUUGAGAUGGCCUCGCCGUCACCUAUGACCAUCGCUUCACUAUCACUAUCCCCCCGCCGUACCGCUGCGACGAAACCACCAGUCCUACACCCCGCUAAUAUCUUCGCCGCGAACCAAAACGGAGGCGUAAAUCGAUGGGAAGAUUCGCACAGCCCAGUGGGCUCCGACUCCGAGUCGGACGACGAUGUUAACAUCCCGUCUCCGACAAGGAUGAUUAAGUCGAGCAAAAACCCGUUUACAUCCAAGGCGCGACCCCAACUUCACGCACAAAAAUCCAUGCCCGCCCACCGUCUGCAGUCCAAGCAAUCGGCCGUGCCACAGACCGGCAAGACGAUCCCAGCCGCCACAUCCAUCCCGGACUUGCAGACCCUUCGCCACGUGGGGAGCAGCGGCGCGCUCCAGGACCGAAGCAGCAACAGUCCCAGCCGCCGGUUGACCAAAAUACCCUCGGCGGCCAACCUGAAAUCAAACAGCGGCGGCAGCGGUGGCAGUGAUCAACCCUCGGGAUCAUCAUCACCCCUCAACCGCAAGCCAUCACAACCGCAGCUUCAGCCCGGGGCGCAGGGUGUUGCAGGAGCACCCGCCGUCCAGCCACCCAUGCUCAACAAGGCAUUGCCCGCGCCAGGCAAGAACAACAUCCGCGGCCGCACCCUCGUGGAGCUACAGCAGGCCCGGGCCGGGGGCAGGCCGCUCAGCGCUGUGUUCCCUAGCGAGACGACAAGCACAGCGUUUAAUGCGUGUGCUGGCAACAACAAUAACCACAACGCGACCGUCCCCAGCCCCGUGCGCGCCUUCAGAGAGCAUGCGGCGGCGGCCAACCGGGGGCCCACGCUCGCCUCGGAACCGGCGGCUGUUUGGGAUCCGGACCGGGACGAGAUGCCUAGUCCGUUUUUGGUCAGGCGGAAGCCGGUUGUUCGGACUUGA